AUGGCAGUGGUGCCCCUGCGGCCCUGCAGAGCCGCCGGCCGCCUCCUGCCGCUGCUGUGCGGGGGGGCGAGGAGCAAGGGAGUCUCCCUGAGCCCCGGGGUGCCGGGCCGCCUCACCCAGCGGCGCUACAAGAAGGACGUGCUGCCCUCUCCCGAGGGGCCCGUGCCCUCCGUCUCCAUCACCGAGAUCCGGCAGUACCUGCGGGCCCAGGGCAUCCCCUUCCACGACGGGUACAGCUGCCUGCAUACCCCCAGCCUCUUCACUGACAGCCGGGAGGACCAGCCGCCGGCCGCCAGCGCCCCUUACACACUUUUCAUUGACAAGACCACGGGCAGCUUCCUGUGCACGGCCACCCUGGCCGAGGGCACCUGGCAGGACUUCCAGGCCAACGUGGAGCUGCGGCACCGUGGCAUUCCCCUGCGCUCGGUAGAGCCGGAGGAGGACACGCGACGGGCUCGCGAGGAUGCCCGCUGCAUCUGGGACCGGGCGCUGCCGCUCUGGGAGCUGCUGGAUGAGGAUGAGACCAACAAGACCAAGGCUGUGUUUGGCAUCUCCCUGGUGACGGACGCCACCCUGAAGCGCUUCGGGGUGCGUUAUCUGAGGACUGCCAAGUCCCUUGUCUUCCCCUGGUUCAGCCCCCGCGAUGCGACCCUGAAGGGCCUGAAGCUCGUGAGGGUGGAGAAGAAGGGGGAUGCGAUAGCUUAUGUGGAAGAGACUUUACCCCGCUUCGAUUCCUAUCACAAUCUCUUUGGGCUGCCCCUGAUCGGCCGCCGAGACACGGAGCUGGUCUUAACUGGGUGGGAGCUGGAUGCCCUGGCCCUGCACCAAGCUACAGGGGUGGCCAGCCUGGCCCUUCCGCGGGGGGCCACCUGCCUGCCCCCUGCCCUCCUCCCCUACCUGGAGCAGUUCAAGCGUAUCACGCUGUGGCUAGGCGAGGACCUGCGCUCCUGGGAAGCCGCCAAGCUCUUUGCCCGCAAGCUGAGCCUCAAGCGCUGCUCCCUGGUGCGCCCCGGCGACCUGCAGCCCCGGCCCUUGGAGGCUCUGAACCAGGGCCUGAACCUCACCAAGAUCCUGCGUGCCGCCCUGCCCGCCAGCCACAAAUCCAUCGUCUCCUUCCGGCAGCUGCGUGAGGAGGUGUUUGGGGAGCUGGUCAACACCGAGCAGGUGGCCGGCGUCAAGUGGGCACGCUUCCCCGAGCUCAACAAGCUCCUCAAAGGGCACCGCAGAGGGGAGCUCACCGUCUUCACAGGCCCGACGGGCAGCGGGAAGACGACCUUUAUCAGUGAGUAUGCGCUGGACCUGUGCAUGCAGGGCGUGUGCACACUGUGGGGCAGCUUUGAGAUCAACAAUGUCCGCCUGGCCAAGAUCAUGCUGACGCAGUUUGCUGCCCAGCGCCUGGAGGACCAGCUGGAGCUGUAUGACGAGUGGGCUGAUCGCUUCGAGGACCUCCCGCUCUACUUCAUGACCUUCCAUGGCCAGCAGAACAUCAAGACGGUGAUUGACACCAUGCAGCAUGCCGUCUACAUGUACGACAUCACUCACGUGGUCGUCGACAACCUCCAGUUCAUGAUGGGACACGAGCACCUCUCUGUGGACAGGCUCGCUGCUCAGGACUACAUCGUUGGUGCCUUCCGCAAGUUCGCCACGGACAACACCUGCCACAUCACACUGGUCAUCCAUCCCCGCAAGGAGGACGACGAGAAGGAGCUGCAGACGGCCUCCAUCUUCGGCUCUGCCAAGGCCAGCCAGGAGGCCGACAACGUCCUCAUCCUGCAGGACCGUAAGCUGGUGACGGGGCCAGGGAAGCGCUACCUGCAGGUGUCCAAGAACCGCUUCGACGGGGACGUGGGUGUCUUCCCCCUGGAGUUCAGCAAGGCCUCGCUCACCUUCUCGUCCUCUGGCAAAAGCAAGGUCAGGCUGAAGAAGAUGAAGGAGGAGAAGGCACUUUUAGCCAAGAAAGCUCCAGAGGGAGGCACGGGAGCCUCCAAGAAGCCGUGAGCCCGACAGGUCUCUUCCUCGGUCCGUCGGGGGGACGGGGACUGGUGCUGGGAGCACGGGGCCGGGGUAUGCCAGCCCCUCUCCCCCGGGAGCAGCAGCCACGUGCCCCUGUGGCCCUUUCUCCUCCUGCAUGAACAAGCCUCUUGGCCGCCAGCAUGGUGUCUCUGAGACGCGGGCCACCGUGAGAGGAGGAGUGGGCUCGUCCCAGAGAAGAGCGGCCACGGGAGGGUGCUUUGGCAGAUGCUGGCAGCUCUGUGCUGGUGCUGAGUGCUGGGAGCACGAGGGAGCGGAGUCAGUGUGGGCUGGGUGAUGGGGGGCAGUGACCUGCAGCCCUAGGGCUUGGGGAUCUCUGGAUCUGGGGCAGGUCGUUAAAUUGUGGCUAAAAUGGAGCCGAAACCCUGGGCUGCCACUGGUGGGAGGGACUGUGUGGGGGCACUGUGCAGAGGGACACAUGGCAGGAACCCCUCCUGUCACAGGUGGGGGUCUCUGGGCUCGGUCCUGUCUCGGAUGGAGCCAGCGAGGGGAAGGUGGUGGAGGGAAGCGUGGGAGG